UGUCUCCUCCUCCGCUCCUUUGCGCCGCCGCCAACACACAGGGCAGGGCGCGCCGAUCUCCAUCUGGCGAGCAGAGAAGGGGAGGGGAGGGGAGGGGAUCCUGGUGAGCCCUCUUUCCGAUUCAUCUCUCACCGGGACCUGGAAUUUGCUUGCUUUGGGGGUUCAACUGAACCACCAUGUCCCAAGUUGGAUCCGCCCCUGCUUUCAGGACUGGGUCACCUAAGAAGCAUGAACUGAAGUCCAAACAGAAGCUUGAGAAGAAGCUCAGCUUCUACACAAAAGUGAAAGAUGCAGUAACCUCCCUAAAUGCUACAAAGACUAUCUGCAAGAAAUCUAAACAGAGGAGCCGCCAGAAGAAACUGAAAGCAUAUGAUCUCUCAAUGCUCUCUGAGUUCCUUCCUGAAACAGAUGCCUCAAAUCUGCACACCGAAGCAAAACUGAACUGCAAAUCGAAGCAAGCUUUAGUGCAACGGGAGGCUGCCCAACUGAAUGCUGUGCUGACCAAUCCGCAGUUCCAGCUCGACCCGUUUGCGGCGAUCCAUCAGCACCUGUUGUCAACACAGCCACCCUCUGCGAGAAAGGAGAGCAAUUCCGCCAAGCAGGGGAAGGACCCUAAGGACAAGAAAAGAAAGAACAAGAAGAAGAAUGCUUCAUCGGCCUCCGAGGCAAUGGAUAUCUGAUAUGGCAAAGUACCCUACCAAAGGAAUGGGGCGCAAUUAUCGUCAACCUCAGUUUGAAAUCGUGUGAUCUCUUAAACCUUGUCAAAUUCUGUUUCAGCAUCGGCACUCUCCUCCCAGAGGUGUGAGGUUGGGUCAAAUUUUGUUUCAGCGUCGGCUCUCCUCAGGUUUUUUUUUUGACGGAAAAACAGUUGGAGAGGCUCCUACUGCAAUAUAUUACUUGAGUGUACAAGAGACUUUACCUCCUCCCAGCGAACUGCUUGUAGCGUGGCUGAAGUUUCUUUGUGCUGAUUUGUACAUAUGAUGUUUAUGAUGUUUUGGUUAAUUGUUCAUGUACCUGGUUCUCGCCA